AUGGCAUGCAAUUUUGUUUUCGAUAUUAUAGUAACUCAAUUCGAGUCACCGUAUGUAAGCAAUGAGGACCUGAACAACAUUAGUGUAGAGGUCACUUUGAACAAUAAAGUAAUUAAGAUAACUUCGAGUCGAAUUAAUGUAUCAGAAUUUGAGUACGGCUCAAGUACAGAAUUCGUUGAAUCACCAGAGAAGCUGCGUCAAAGUCUAGAAUCAUGUGGAAUGCCGCUUAUUGUAAAGUGUUCGGGUCAAAUUCUAGGCACCGCCCAGAUCAGUUUUCCCCAGGAAAUCAUUGACAACAUCAACAAGGACAUGCCCGAGCUUCAACAUAUGGAUACCUGCUUCAUAGGGAAGGGAUCGUUAGUUGUUGGUACCCUAGAGCUGAUUUGUCGGCUUGUUAUGACAUGCGAAGCUCAGCCAAGAAUCGAUGUCAGCAGUUGCCUUCGUGAUAUGGACAAAAGCAUUAAACCGCAGGAUAUUUUGUUUAUUAUGAGCGACUCCCAGCGCAAUCCCUACUCAGCUUUGCCUAGUCUAGAUGCAUGGCAGCCAGAUGAGGACGAGUAUAUAAAAUUGGAUUUGGGACGCUAUCCCGAUGUGGAGCCAAGUCAAUUUAAGCAUGAAGAGAUUUUUAAAUACGACUUAAUGCGCCCCUCCAUUUGCGAGGACUUGAGGAAAAUGGCAACUCAGUAUGGCGAAAUAAUCGACUCAAUUACUCAGCUGGCGAGCCAGAAGAACACAUCCCGCCAAACAGCGGGAGCAUUGAAAAGUCCCUGUGGAACACCGUGCUGCUACCCACACUCAACGGCGACCCCCAGUCCCAUAGACCUGGCCUUGUCGAACUUGUCAUCGAGUCAGUACUCUCCAUAUAAUUACAGCAGCAACAUGUGUGCCGCUGCACCACCCAGUGCAAUCAACUCACAGCCUAAUUACGAGCUGCGCUUCUGUCCUGUGUGCCAGAAUAAUAUGUCGUGGCUGCCGAAAUACGCCAACUGUCCCAAGUGCGGGAUUAAACAGAUACCAAUCGUUAAAGAGCGCAAGCCCAGACGAAUGACAGCUGAUGAAAUACUGAACGAUUAUCUGGGCAAGCCCCCGCCCACCCUCGACGACUUGUGUAAGCUUCCAUCCAAUGCGUCGUCCAAGGAAAAGUCGUCCAAGUCCACGUGCCGCUGCACAUGCAAGAAUGGCAAGCUCUGUGCCAACUGCCGACUGCGCAAACAAUAUCCGGACAUUAUGCAGCCCAGGUCAACAGAUGUCCCAAUGCCAUCUGAGGAGGACACCGAUUCGGAUCCCGAACAUUAUUGUUUAGAUACGAAGAAGUCUUCGGAAUAUCGUCCGUUUCUAUCACGCGUCUUCUCUGAGCUGCGCCAGAUGUAUGACAUUGAUGUGGGAAAGCAGCCGAACGAGGAGACUUGUGCUCAGCCGGAGAAGGAGAAGGAGAAGGGGAAGGAAGUCGCUCCAGUUGAGCAUGUCCGAGAAGUAGAAAAAGUAGCCAAGCCCAGGGCUAAGAAAAGAACCCCACCAAAUAACAUUAGCGGCAAGAGUCGAAAGCGAAAAUCGAAUAAAAGUAAAACUCACAGACAUUGCGUGAAGUCUAAACGACCCGUCGCGCGCCGUCACGGCUGGGCUUGGUCCUCCAGCAAGGAGGCGCGCAAAUAUGGCUGGCGACCCGGCGCCAUACUCAAGUCAAUAAAAAAACUGAUGAAUUUCUUUUUAUAUGGCUCGGCAAGAAGCUCCACRCGUAAAACGUGCAUGGAUGUGCUGAGAAGCCACGAGGAAAAUGAAUGUGGGCCCGCAGUGCUCAACUUGACCAAGAAGAACGGCGAAAUCACCAUUACGUUGCGGCCCAAUAGCAACAGCCMUGUGCAGAUGCAGCCCAUUGUCUUYAGGGUGGUCAAAAGCGAUCUUGCCGUCGCACUCAGCGAGAUGAAAARGAAGCUGAGGGCUAAGGGCUUCAGCGAGUGCAGCUGCCGCAACUCGGUGAUGAUGUGCGUCUGUCGCGAUGUCGUGGAGAAGAAAUACCUGGAGCAGGCGAUACAGAGCGAGUGCAGGCGGCGUGGCAUGGAGAGCUGCGUGGAUCAGCUCGUGAUGGCGGACAGCAGCGACAGCGAGGCGGAGUUCRAUAUCGACGUGAAUACGCCGGCAGGCGUGGCUAAGCCGCCUUCGCCUAAGCCGUCUACCGUCAAUUUCGGUAUGCAGACAGCCACCAAGCCUGUGCCAGAGCCGAAACCCUUUCCGAUCAAGUACUCGCCCUACUGGCGCUUCUACAACUGUGCUGCCGGUGAUCGAUUUGCAAACACGGCGUUUGGCGACUAUGGCGAAAUCGUGUUUGAGGAUGGGCUCUUUGGAUAUAAAAAGGGGGGUCCACACGGACGCACAGAUCAGAUUUAG